GCCAUUUUGGUGUUUGUCUUUUCCGGAAUAGUAUCCAUCAUGAGUCGUGUCAGGACAAAGACGGUCAAAAAGGCCGCAAAGCUCAUCAUCGAGAAGUACUAUACUCGAUUGACCAUGGAUUUCCAUACAAAUAAAAGGAUAUGCGAAGAAAUUGCUAUUAUCCCCAGUAAAUCUUUGAGGAACAAAAUUGCUGGAUUUGUUACGCAUUUGAUGAAACGUCUUAGACACAGUCAAGUGCGUGGUAUUUCCAUCAAGUUACAAGAAGAAGAGAGGGAACGCAGAGACAACUAUGUUCCUGAAGUGUCUGCUUUGGAACACGAUAUUAUUGAAGUAGAUCCAGAAACCAAGGAAAUGUUACAGAUGCUUGGAUUCAGUAACAUUCCAGGACUGCAGCUUACACAAUCUCAACUACAACCAUACAACAGGCGUUCUUAA